GGGCUACCUGCGAGGCGGCGGAGGAGGAGGAGGAAGGAAGAGGCGCGGGGGAGCGCCAAGGAUCGGGAAGAGGCCGGGGCUCCUGCGAGACGCCACCACCAUGGAGGGAGGCACUGGAAGUGGCCCAGGGAUGGCCAAUGAGCGGGUGAAGAACCUCCAUACUGAAGUUGAAGGUGUCAAGAACAUCAUGGCUCAGAAUGUGGAGCGGAUUCUAGCAAGGGGUGAAAACCUUGACCAUCUGCGCAACAAGACAGAAGACCUGGAAGCAACGUCAGAACACUUCAAGACAACCUCACAAAAAGUGGCUCGGAAGUACUGGUGGAAGAAUAUCAAGAUGAUUGCGAUCAUCUGCGUCAUUGUCGCCAUCAUCCUUAUUCUCAUCAUCCUGCUUGCCACCGGCGUCAUCCCGACUUAAGUUUCUUUCCCCCCAAUGGACUUUUCCCACUCAUCAUUCUCACGUGUUCUUUUUUAAUUUUGCCCCCAUUAUCCCCUCCCUGAAUAGACGAAAUCCUUAACUGAAUCAAAUGGCCCUUUGCCAGAGGUCCCCAUCAAGAGGUCCAGGGUGCCUCCCCGUCUGUCCCCAUAACCUCUUUCCCACGCCAGGACCAAAAGACUCCAGGGGUCGCCCUUUCUCUCGGGGCCACGCCAGGGUCCCUCAACUGCACGUGUGAACUUAGCCAGAGGAAGCAGAGACUCUUUCUGCUUUGAUAAGGGGUGGCCAAGCUUGGCAACUUUAAGACUUGUGGACUUCAACUCCCAGAAUUCAGCUGGCUGGAGAAUUCUGAGCGUUGAAGUCCACAAGUCUUAAAGUUGCCAAGUUUGAAGACCUCUAGCUUAGAUGAUUCCUACCCCACACAACAUGCUAAAUUUCUGAGUCUGCAAGUGCCUUCACUGAUCCUUGGAACGGAGCUCACCAGCCUUUUCUAGUUCCAAAAAAGUUUGGCCAAAUUUCUGGAGGUGGCAGAAAGCUACCCAGGGAGGACUCCGACCUUAUGCGGCCACUCUGGGUAUUCCUUCCCUUCCAGGAAGCCUCAUCCUCAGAUCUCAUUUUGCGUGCCUUUCAUCCUCCUGGAUGGAGACAUGAAUGACUGGAACUCACCUGGCAACAUAAAGAUAUUUCUGAAACACU